CUGACAGAGCCAGCUAGACAGAGAGAGAAGGAAGGGUGAGAUACAUAGACAGAGGCAGACACACUGUGGAUCGAGAGCCUGUGAAUUCAUUUCAUCACCCAGUUCAACCAGCGACACCAGAGAGGAAGGAGACAAAGGGAAGAGGGAGACGAGAGGCAGCCUCAGUGAAAGCAGGGAAAGUGAGAGAGAGGCAAGGUGAAGGAGAAGAAGGAAGGAAGGAAAGGGAGGGAGGGAGGGAGGAAGGAGGCUCAGGCAUGAGGAGGGGCGCCUGACAUUGCUGCUCUCGCUAUCAGCUCACACACACACACACAUCGACACAGGCACACACACUCUCAGACAGAUUGUGCACGGCACAGAAGCUGCUCUUUUAUUAUCCUUUUGUGGAGCCUUGCCCUCCAUCCUUUCAUCUCCUCCAAGCAGGAGGACAAGAGAGACACAGAGAGAGGAGGAAGAGGAGGAGGUAGAAGGACGAGGAGGAGGAGAAGGAGGGGAGGCAGUAACUCUCUCCUCUCCUUUACUCAGACACACAGCUGGGAGAGAUAGGGGGAGAAGAGUAAAAAAAAGAGAGAGAAAGCAGCUUUCUGUUCUAUUUCGCCGUCUCCUGUGGUCCCUCGGCCAGAGAGCGGCUAACAGGCACCGCUCAUGUCCGUGAACUCGGAGAAAUCCUCGUCCCCUGAAAGGCCUGAGACCCAGCAAAAAGCCCCGGUGAGUGCCCCUCCUCCCCCGCCGCCCCCUCCACCUCCCCCUGAACCGGCAGGGCCACCAGAGCCGGAGGAGGAGAUCCUGGGCUCCGACGAUGAGGAGCAGGAGGACCCCGCGGACUACUGCAAAGGAGGGUACCAUCCGGUGAAGAUCGGGGAUUUGUUCAACGGGAGGUACCAUGUGAUCAGGAAGUUGGGGUGGGGCCACUUCUCCACCGUAUGGCUGUGCUGGGACAUACAAGUGAAGAACUUUGUGGCGAUGAAGGUGGUGAAAAGCGCCCAGCAUUACACAGAGACGGCCCUGGAUGAGAUCAAACUGCUGCGAUGUGUGAGAGAGAGCGACCCCAACGACCCCAACAAGGACAUGGUAGUUCAACUGAUAGAUGACUUUAAGAUCUCUGGAGUCAACGGCAUACAUGUGUGCAUGGUGUUUGAAGUGCUGGGUCACCACCUGCUAAAGUGGAUCAUUAAAUCCAACUACCAAGGUCUGCCGCUGCCAUGUGUCAAGAGCAUUAUCAGACAAGUCCUGCAGGGUCUGGACUACCUCCACACUAAGUGUAAAAUCAUCCACACGGACAUCAAGCCGGAGAACAUCCUGAUGUGUGUGGAUGACGUCUUUGUCAGGCGUAUGGCCAUGGAGGCGACCGAAUGGCAGAAAGCCGGAGCCCCACCACCAUCUGGAUCAGCAGUUAGCACAGCCCCCCAGCUCAAACCGGUGAGUACAACUGAUGUGGGAAAGAUCUCCAAAAACAAGAAGAAGAAGCUGAAGAAGAAACAAAAGCGGCAAGCCGAGCUGCUGGAAAGGCGCAUGUUGGAGAUUGAAGCCCUGGAGAGAGAGGCGGAGAAAAGGGAAGAGAGAGCCAAAGAAGGGGGAGAGAAAGGGGCACUUGAACACAACCUGCCUUCAACGCUGCAGCAACCACAACCACAGCUGGGUCCCAGCAUGGCCCUGGGAGAGAGCGACGACGACGACGAUGAUGAGGAGGAUGGCGAAGACGAGGAGGAGGAGGGAGGAGAGAGGGACAGGCCCAUCCGGUUGACUAAUCAUACAUGUGCAGCGCCUCCCCAGGAGCAGAGCGAGGCACUUCACAUCACUGAUGAUGACCCUGAUGAGGAGGUGGAAGAAGAGGAUCAACCUACGCCCAUUGCUGAAAAAGAUGUCACCAUUCCCCCCAUCUCAGAGGAAGGUAAUGGAGAUCCAACACAAAGAGAGCAAGAGGAGCGGGAGGAGCAGGAAGAGGAGGAGGAGGGAUUGAAAGGGACAGAGAAUGAGAACGAGGAGGAGGAGAGGGAGGAGAAAGUAGAGGAGGAGGUUGAGGAGGAGGAAGAGGAGGAAGAAGAAGAAGAGGAGGAGGAUAAAGAGACUGAGACAGAGGAGCAUGAGACAGAGGAGCCAAAGAGUGAGAGCAAAACAGAGGAGGAGGCAGUGGUGGAAGAAGAGGAGUUAAAGGAGCAGGAGGGGGAGGAGGAUGAGGAAGAAGGGGAGGAAGAAGAUGAGGAAGAUGAUGAGGAUGAUGACACGACCGCUGACCUCCUCACGGACAACAUCUCGCCCAUCAAAACCCACAACAAUAAAACCAAUUCGGCCAAAACCAAUGGCCAUGUUUUGUUGGGCUCUGAGGGAUUGAAACCGAACCCUGGCACAACUCUGCCUCCUUCGCCCACCCCCGAGCCUCUCCUCUGCCCCCUGGUGGAGUCCGAGCUCAGCUACACAGACAGGGACAACUCUCUCAGUUCAGGCUAUGAGAUGUAUAACGGCGAACUGGGCGAGCAAGGACUGACCAACGGCUCCAGUGAGCGCCAUCUGGGCGCACUGCCCAUUUUCCCUGACUUGCCCUUGGAUCCUGAGCCAGGAAACCCCAUUUCUGUUGGGACAGCAGACAUCGGUGCAGGACCUUUACCAAACAGCCCCACUGCAGACCGCAGCCGCACUGUGUCAUCCUCCAGCACAGGAGACACACCCAAAGUCAGGGCCAGAGCUGCAGACCUCCUGAUCAACCCACUAGACCCUCGCAACGCCGACUCUAUUCGAGUCAAAAUUGCUGAUCUUGGAAAUGCCUGCUGGGUGCAUAAGCAUUUUACGGAGGACAUCCAGACGAGACAGUACCGUUCCAUUGAAGUCCUGAUAGGAGCCGGUUACAGUACUCCUGCUGACAUCUGGAGUACUGCCUGCAUGGCGUUUGAGCUGGCCACAGGAGAUUACCUGUUCGAACCCCACUCUGGAGAGGACUACUCCCGUGAUGAGGACCACAUCGCUCUGAUCAUGGAGCUCCUUGGGAAGGUCCCACGCAAAGUGGUCGCUGCCGGGAAGUACAGCCGAGAGUUUUUCUCCAAGAAAGGUGAGCUGCGGCACAUCACCAAGCUGAAGCCGUGGUCCUUGUUCGACGUGCUGGUGGAGAAGUACGGCUGGUCGCACGAAGACGCCGGACACUUCACUCACUUCCUUCUGCCCAUGCUGGAGAUGGUCCCCGAGAAGAGGGCCUCGGCCGGCGAAUGCCUCAACCACCCUUGGCUCAACUUGUAGCCACAAACUCCGAUUAAUCGCCCUCCUCCUUUGCCCCCCCCACUAACCGUUAGCCCAAACAUCCCCCCCUGGUGGCAGCCUGUGGAACCACAAUAUGGAGAGAAACAGUUGAGAAAGACUCCCUUCCUGCCCAGUCGCACACAUCCAUUACAUGCUUACCUGACUAGGCUUAACUCCCACACAUCUUUUCCCAAAAGGAAUGUAAAGACAAGCCUUGGAGAUAACAUGAUAUAGCAGCUGUGUCUUCCUACACAUCUCCCAAAAGGAAUCAGAUCAUUUGAGGAUGGAUGCUGGCCACGUCCUAAAAUGGGAGAAGUCAGGGUCUGUGUGAAAGAACCGUGCUUUCUUCUUCUCCUCUGCUGUCACGAUGUCAGCCAGUCUCUUUCAUCUGUCUACCUAUCUCUUUCCAAUUCUCAGUUUAACCUGCUUGGAUCCAGUCGCGGCCCACUGACAGCUGCAGAUCUUUUCGGCAACGGGAAAGAAAAGUCAACGAGUAGCCUUGCUGCAGCGCUGACAGUCCAGAACUCCAUCUGCCAUGACCUUUACGUAGCGAGGCCCUCAAACACACAUGGGUGAGAGUGUUAUCGUGUGUGAGAAUGAGUGGGUGUGCCUGCGCUCAAGAUCUGCCUACAUCGACCCUUCUUCUCUUUUUCCAGCCCAGCUUUUCCCCCCUCCUAACCCACAUCAGACUAAAAGUUUACACCCUGAUUUUCACCAAGAAUCUAAUCCCAAAAAGCCUUUCUCACCUGUUUGGUUCCCCACAUCACCCCCUUCUAAAUGAGCUCCUACCUGGGGGCCACCACAUGGAGCUGGAGGGCAGCCAGUCCUCCAGGGGGCACCACACUGACAUUCUAACAGAGACAGACAGAAUAGGUGCGGGACAAGCAAAAAAAACCAAAACAAAAAAUGCAAUCAGUUUCACGUGGAGGAGGACUGCUUGGUCUAAAGACUAUUUUUAAAAUGCAUGGAGAGACUGAUGGAUCAGCAUGAAGGGAUAUGACAAACGAACGAUGGAUGCCUUGUUUUGUUUGUACAUUUCACUGGUUUCUUUCCAGUUUCAUCACAUCUCUUGGACGUUCUGUUAGAAAGAAUUGCGUUAGGAUAUUUUGGUGCCCCCUCUGAAGAUCACUAUUUUACAUACCCCUUCUCCGUCAGCUUUUGACAUUCCUAAACUAACUGUUGGUCCUCUGCCAUCAUUCCUGACUUUUACUCCCGAGAACAAUUCCGUUGAUUCCUACUGUGGCACGUUUACCAGAUUUGAUCGGUACUAUCCCCCUCCCCCACCUUUAGACCUAUAGAGGAACCCUUUUAUCCCUGAGCUUCUCCAGAAAGGGGAUGGUCACAUGGAGGUUGCACUUGUCUUUGUAGAUGUCCUUCAGGGAUUUGAAACCUUUGUACAUAGAACUAAGAUUUGGCAACGCAGACAAGCGAUCGUGGACAAAGUUUCAACACACAAGCAUCAUUCCAAAAAAAAAACAGAGGCUGUUGUUGGCAGAACUUGACUUCCUCUGAUGUAGUGGGGAGGCAGGGUGGGCUGCCAUGGCUGGACCCCAGAGGAAUGUUCAGACUGAACUGUGCCACCUGGUGGCUGAACGAGAGUACCGCAUCGCCACACACCGCUGCUGCUCUCAGUGCCAACGCUCCAAGACGUUCCACUAUAUCUCUCCACUUAAUCUCUAUUUCUGUCGCACACACACACACAGACACACACAAGACUCGCAUCGUCACAAUUAGUCCAGUUGCCUAUUUUUCGCAAUAAAUGAAAAAAAGAUGACUAUAAGUAAAUGGUGAGAUAUUUUUAAAAACUAUUUAAUUCAUUAAAAAAAAUAGGAAAAAAAAGAAAACAACUUUUCUCUGGUUGUUGUGACCGUGACAGAAUCUCGUCUUAUACUGAGGUGAUUGUGUUUGUCUAUUAGAGAUGUUUUUAUUUCUUUUGUCAUUACUAUUAUUAUUAUUAUUAUUAUUAUUAUUAUUAUUAUUAUUAUUAUUAAUAAUUAUUGACAGAUUUUUUUACACAGUUGUCACCUCUCCCCUCCCUCCUUACUUGAACAGUGCUGCUCUGUCUGGGCUCUUGAUGGUGAUGAAAAAAAAUCAACAGUUUUGCAAUAAAGGGUAUGUGAUGAGUUUUUUUUGCACCAAAACCUCCUGAUCUCACUCUUUCAGCCAUGCUGACUGUUCUUCCUGAUGACAUUGACAGAAUCGCGUCUUGUCUGUGUUUUUCAUUGACAGAUUUAAUAAAAUUGUAAAUUAAUGGA